CGCUUUGUUGACCUGAGAAUGACCAACUUACACAACUCCACCUCUCACCGAAUUUGUGACAAUAACUCGCACAAGGCUUCCUCAUCACAGGUCACUCAACACUGGAGCGCUCGUGGCGAUAGAAAGGACAGAAACCCUGUUUUACAGGAGCUUGUUCCGCCUUGCCUGUUGGAAGCACGCUUGAUGGCCUAUUCGAAGCGCUUCUUUACCCUUAACCUCCCCUGAAUCGCACUUACACUGAACAUUUCAGCAUCCGACGUGGAUAAAUUCGGUACGCGAAAGCGCCAUAGCUCCGAGCACGACAAUUCCGCGCGCGAACUUGGUUGACGUGCAAACAGGACUGCCACUGCUCUCACCAAGCUCAUCGAAGGGCCCGACCUUUUGCACCAUGGCUCAUCAACCAGGGAAGAGGGAGAUAUUGGAGGCAGCGCUCGGCCAGAUCACCAACAAGCCAGCGCCUCCAGAGAUUGACUUCACGAUCCACACAACAGACGAUGGGACUCAAGUGUCGACAGUGGAGAGGGUGAUCAAGGAUGUUCAGGCACCUGCCAUGCUCCCUCCCACGGACGAACAGUUCUACUCUGCGCAAGACCCUUCCAAGCCUGAUAUCGCUUUUCUGAAGAAUCACUUUUACAGAGAGGGUAGACUCAAGGAAGAACAGGCUUUGUUCAUCAUUCGGAGAGCCACAGAGAUCCUCAGGCAAGAGCCUAAUCUGCUCGAAGUCGAUGCACCCAUCACAGUGUGCGGCGAUAUUCACGGGCAAUACUUUGACCUGAUGAAGCUCUUCGAGGUGGGAGGCAACCCGGCAGAAACGCGGUACUUGUUCCUAGGAGAUUACGUAGAUAGAGGCUACUUUUCCAUUGAAUGCGUACUCUACCUUUGGGCACUCAAGAUUUGGUACCCAGAAACGCUGUUCCUUCUGAGAGGUAACCACGAGUGCAGACAUUUGACCGACUACUUUACCUUCAAGCUUGAAUGCAAGCACAAGUACUCUGAGCUCAUCUACGACGAAUGCAUGGAGAGCUUCUGCACUCUGCCACUGGGUGCUAUCAUGAACAAACAAUUCUUGUGUAUUCAUGGAGGACUCAGUCCCGAGCUGCAGACCCUCGAUGAUCUCAGAAAUCUCAAUCGCUUCCGCGAGCCUCCAACACACGGGUUGAUGUGCGACUUGUUGUGGGCAGACCCUCUGGAAGAUUUUGGCUCGGAGAAGACGACCGAGACGUUCAUUCACAAUCAUGUUCGGGGCUGUUCUUACUUCUUCACAUACCAAGCUGCGUGCCAAUUUUUGGAGCGCAACAACCUACUUUCAAUCAUCAGAGCGCACGAAGCGCAGGAUGCAGGAUACCGCAUGUAUCGCAAGACGAAGACCACUGGGUUCCCUUCUGUUAUGACCAUCUUCUCGGCGCCUAAUUACUUGGACGUGUACAACAACAAGGCUGCGGUACUAAAGUACGAGAACAACGUCAUGAAUAUCCGUCAAUUCAACUGCACUCCUCAUCCAUACUGGCUGCCAAACUUUAUGGACGUCUUCACAUGGUCAUUGCCUUUCGUCGGCGAGAAAAUCACCGACAUGUUGAUUGCUAUCCUCAACAUCUGUAGCAAAGAGGAGCUCGAGGAAGAGGAGGAGGAGGAGGAGGAGGAAGCAUCAGCACCUGCUUCCGGAGCUGUGACCCCAGGAGAGGGAGAUGAGAUGGAGACGGAUGAGGACGGCGCCGAGCGCAGAGUCGUGAUCAAGAACAAGAUCCUGGCUGUCGGUCGUAUGUCCCGCGUCUUCGCGCUGCUUCGUGAGGAGGCCGAGCGCGUUUCGGAGCUCAAGGGAGCUUCAUCCUCGGGCAAGCUGCCCUACGGCACCCUUGCGUCGGGAAGCGAGGGCAUCAAGGAGGCAAUCUCAAGUUUCGACGAUGCGCGUGGCGCAGAUAUCGAGAACGAACGUCUACCUCCCGACUUAAUCGAUGCGGACGAGAACGAGCCAGCGUCUCCCGCCGAUGGCAAGCGCUUGUCUUCUCCUAGCAUGGACGAGACCGAAGAUGUUUCAGGCUCGAGCUACGGCCCAGGUAGCUCUUCGGUUCCAUCUUCCCCCGGCGGUGUUUCCAGCACUGGAGAGAUCUCAGGUGCCUCCUCGUCUGGCCGAUCUCAUCGCCGAGGUCACUCUAGAACUUCCAGCCUGGGCACGACGAACACCUCAAGUCCGAGUAACAGAAGGAGAAGCUUGGAGAGCACUGUCAACAUGAUCAAGGAGGCCUUGUCCGGAGAGGAAGGAGGCGACGAUGCUCACAUCGAGAAGCUCGCCAACGACAUCAGCAGCCCAUCGUCACCGAAGACGCGCAGGUCGAUCGAACGGACGCAGAGCUGAUGAAUGCCGUAGGUAGGCUUUGCAGAAUUUCUAGGCGGCAGAGCGAACGCGGGCCGCAUCUGGACGCCCUCAUCUUUGAUCUCAAGGUGACGCUUGAGGCGGCUGAACGAGUCUAACGGCCAGUCAUGGUUCUCCGAAGACCCCUCCCUUUCUUCUAGCCCGCAAUCAUCACCUUCUUCAAUCCCUCGAGUGAUCCCAUUCACACUCUCACCUCACGAAUAUCCUCCUCUUCUUCACGUCUUCCUGAUAUACUGCGCAAAAACAUUCGCUAGCAAAGCGAUCACGUUGCAGCUGCAUUCUCUCAUACGACUUGGCUCAGGAUCCCAAAGACUCGUCGAAAGGGUGUCUUUUCACAAAGAGGCUUCCGCGAACAUUGUGAAAGAGCUGUCUCUGUCUUCUGGAUACGAGAUUGAGAGUGCGAGCUUGACAUGUAGAAUGCGCGUAAUUAGGGAUGGAAGAAGCCGAUG